AUGUUGUCGAUCUCAAACUUCUUCAUUGUUUUAACUCUCGCCGCAGUUACUGUAUCUGCAAAGCAGUGUGCCCUCAAUUAUGGUAACUAUGAAGCUGUUUUUAAUGCUGUCAAUGGAACUGUUUACUUUCGUGUUUCUAUUCAAAUGGGUGCUUCGGUUAAUAAUGCAUGGACAGCUAUCGGAUUCGGACAGUCAAUGAAUUCUGGACUUGAUGUGAUUAUGAUUCGAAUUUUGAAUGGCCGCAUAGUUGUAACUGAUGAAUACGUUCGAGGAUACACAAGGCCAGUUGCAGACAGGAUGAAUAAUGUUCAAAUAGGAUCUGUCAAUUACUCUAAUGGCAUCUUGGUCAUAUCAUUUUCUCGUCCAAUUCACACAUUUGAUCCAAUGGAUCAUUCACUUUUUGGUUGUACACCAUGGCAGUUUGUUGCAUCAUUAAGCAGAAUGAGUCCACAAGGAUCAGUAUUCCAUCAUGAUAGAACUCCUCGAAGAGAAUUAAUAUGUCUUCAACAGUGUACAAACUGA